UGCGCCGGAGGAGGCUGUGUGGGGCCAGUGGGGCGGGGAGCAGGGCUCUGGGGGGGCACCACCCGGCUGCUGCAGAUGGGGCCCCACAGGGCGCCCCUCCACAGCCCAGGAAAGGUCAUGCAGCCCUGUGAUGCCGGCAGAGGGUGGAUUUCAAAGCCCCUCAGAAUUAAGAGGUUUUCCCCACGGCCUGGAAUUUCACAGCCCAGUGGCCAAUUUCCAAGUCAUGCACAUUAAUGGGCAGCUAAUGAGGGACCCACCGGCAGGGACAGGAAAAUGCCCCUGAGCCCCCAGAGCCAGAUUAAGGAGUACAAAGUCCCCAGCCGCUGAUGAAGGGCUCUUUAUCUUUGCUCUCAGGAGGCCAGGAGUGGGCAGAGAGCGAGCCUCGGUUGCUCGCAGGGCCAGGGCAGGCUGCAUGAAUGCUGCACGCCGCUUCCUCUGGCCCAGGCUGUUGCUGUUCUGCUGCCCGCCCUGCCGUGCCCAGCAGCAUCGCCCAAGGUUCAACGACCUCACUCCAGUGAGAAGGACAAGGAGUCGAAGGCAGGAAAGGCCUUUCCCAGCAGUGCCCGAUCCCAGGCCCCAGCCGGGGGCCUUCCUGGGAGCCUUGGCACAGGGAACCCCCGUGAAGAUGGAGCCGAGGUCGGAGCAGUGUGGCCUCCUCCAGGGAAUGCCCACAGCCCAGAAGCUGGAAGAGGCAGGAGAGGCCCUCUAGAACCCUCAGAGGGAGCACCACCCUGCUCACACCUGGACCUCAGAUUGCUGGUCUCCAGAACCACGAGAGAAUAAAUGCCCGUUGUUUAAGCCACCUGGUUUGUGGUGCUCUGUUACAGCAGCCACAGGAACCUAAGGCAGAGGCCGGGGUCAGGGGAACCCAGUGACUCUCCCUUUCUCGUCUUCUCUUGUCCGUGUGCUCACUCACUCAUUCAUCCAACCUGUCCCCAGCACUGUCAAGAGUCAGAGGGGCAGGGAGGUGUGUGGCAUUGCAGCCUUCAAGGUGAGAUGCUGGGCACCUGUCACGGCCCUUGCCUGAGCCCAGGCCCUGUUGUGUGCAGCAGGACCAUGGCAACAUUCUCAGUGUUUGAGGUGGACGUUCUCGAAAGCUGGGCUCUCAGCCCACACACGGUGGCAGCCCAAGUGCUGUGUGUGUCCUGAGCUCCUGGACCUCCAGCCCUGCUUCCUUCAACCUGUGCAUGCAUGCAUGCUGAGAAACUGGUCACAGCUGGUCAAGCAUAUAUUAAGCUCGGCUGUGUGAGCCUUAAGGAGGUAACCAAAUCAGAGGGUGGGACCUUAGGAGCACACAAGGAAAAAGCCUUUUGAGGCCCCCCUGGUGUCUGACAGGUGUGGGCUGGCCGGAUGGGUGGGGCUCUGGGCAUUGACAUAGCUUACAGCCACGGUUCCCACAGGAGGUCCCCAGCCAGCAGCCUUAGUAGCACUGGGAACUCAUCAGAAACGCAGGUUCCCAGGCCCCAGCCGGACCCGCUGGGGCAAAAGCACUGGGGAAGGGCUGCAGCCAGAACACGGCUGCCCCAGGGGACUCGGGUACAAGGGAGUGUAAGAAUGGGAGGGGGCUGGCUGCCAGGAACCAACAGACUCCAUUUCAAGACCGGACUUCGUGUGCCUCUUUCAGAGUGGGGCCAGUGCCACCUUUCUGCCAUCUGAAGAGGGGGUCCCCUUCCAAGUGUGGUUCGGGACCAGCUGCAGCUGCCUCCCCAUCAAGCUUGUUAAAGGUGAGGAGUCUGCCCCGUGGCAGGCCUCAGGUGAGAGGGAGCCCAGUGCUGGAGGAGCUCCCAGGGCAAGCGGGGGAGGGAAGCCCCUGGCACCCCACGUGGCACACCUGCUACAGAUGAGGGUCUGGCCAGGAGUCACGUUGCCAGUCCGCGGCAGGCUCAGCUCAGAGACCUCCACCCCACCCUCAGGCUGGGGGCCUCACAGGGGCCCCUGAGGGCGGGGCCCUGGAGAAGCCAGCUGAGCUCCUUCAGAGCCCUGGGAAGCCCCACCCCGAGGAGGGGCCUGUGGGGGUAUCUUAAGAUCCCUGGUGAGGUCAGCUGUCUCAGAAGCUGCAAACUCUUGGCAAGGUGGCUCUGACCCCUCGUCCCUGUCUCCCUGGGCUUUGGGCCCUGACCCCACAUGCCCUCUGGGGCCCCCUCCGUCAUCAGCGGUCAGCCCAUCCCCAGCUGAGGUGGGCUCUUUCUCGGCAGCCCUCCCUGCUCAAGCAAUGCAGCAGAGGCAGCUGGAGGGAGCCUGAGACCUGUCCCUGGUGGCCGGGACUGUCUGGCCCCUUAGCGUUGGUAUCUGUGCCAUGGAGGGACAGGCCCGAGGAGGCAGAGGCCCUCCAGAAAAGCCCCUCCCUGCCGCUGCCAGCCGCAGCUUGUCCUCUGUGGGCGCCAUCUUCAUUCUCCUGAAGUCCGCGCUGGGAGCGGGGCUGCUCAGCUUCCCCUGGGCCUUCCACAAGGCCGGGGGCGUGGGGCCCGCCUUCCUGGUGGAGCUGGUCUCCUUGGUCUUCCUGAUCAGUGGGCUGGUCAUCCUGGGCUACGCGGCCUCUGUCAGCGGCCAGGCCACCUACCAGGGUGUGGUCCAUGGGCUCUGUGGCCCCACCAUCGGGAAACUGUGUGAGGCCUGCUUCAUCAUCAACCUGCUCAUGAUCUCCGUGGCUUUUUUCAGGGUAAUUGGAGACCAGCUGGAGAAGUUGUGUGACUCCCUCCUGCCGGGCGGCCUGCAGCCGUGGUAUGCCACCCAGCGCUUCACCCUGCCCACGCUCUCCGCGCUGGUCAUCCUGCCCCUGUCCAUGCCACGGGACAUCGCCGUCCAGAAAUACACAAGCACCCUAGGCACCCUGGCCUCCUGUUACCUGGCCCUGGUCAUCACAGUGCAGUACUACCUCUGGCCCCAUGGCCUCGUGCAGGAGCCCCGUCCUUCCCUGAGCCCUCCGCCCUGGACGUCUGUGUUCAGUGUCUUCCCCACGAUCUGCUUCGGUUUCCAGUGUCACGAAGCUGCCGUCUCCAUCUACUGCAGCAUGCGCAGCCAGAGCCUCUCCCACUGGGCCCUGGUCUCCGUGCUGUCCCUGCUGGCCUGCUGCCUCAUCUACUCACUGACAGGGGCUUAUGGCUUCUUAACUUUUGGGACCGGAGUUUCUGCUGACAUCCUGAUGUCCUACCCGGGUGAUGACGUGGCCAUCAUCGUCGCCCGGGUCCUCUUCGCCGUCUCCAUUGUGACCGUCUACCCCAUUGUGCUCUUCCUGGGGAGGUCUGUGAUGCAGGAUUUUUGGACAAGGAGCUGCAGAGGGGCUCGGGGGCCCCUGGUGCUAGCUGACCCCACGGGGCCAUGGGUUCGAGUGCCGCUGACCAUAUUGUGGAUCGCUGUGACACUGGCCAUGGCCCUGUUCCUGCCCGACCUCAGCGAGAUCAUUGGCAUCAUCGGGGGCAUCAGCUCCUUCUUCAUCUUCAUCUUCCCGGGUCUGUGCCUCAUCUGUGCCGUGGGCGUCGAGCCCAUAGGACCAAGAGUCAAGUGCUGCUUGGAGGCCUGGGGCGUGAUCUCUGUGCUGCUGGGCACCUUCAUCUUUGGGCAGAGCACAGUGGCAGCUGUCCUGGAGCUGCUCUGAGCAGCCCCCACAGGUGACCUGUGCAGCUCCCACCUCUAUCCCUGAGACCGAUGCAGGUUUCAUCAUGAAGAUGCUGGGCAAACAGACAGCUUCCGCCUUCCAGGCUGCCCGUGGACUCUGCUCCUUCCAGGAUUUCUGGUGAGGAAAGACGGAAUUAGGUUCUGGCAGCUGCUGUGACAAACCACCACACACAAUGACUCAAAGCAACAUUAGCGUGUUGCUUCCAGUCUGGAGGCCAGAUUUUGCAGUGGAGGUCUGGUGGGCCGUGCUCUCUUACUGUUGGUGGCUGUUGGUGCUCCUCCGUGACCCUGGCUUGCAGAUGUCACUCAGUCUCUGCUUUCGUCUUCACCUGGCCACCUCCCCUUUGUGUGUCCGAAUCUCCUCCUCCCUACAAGGAUACCAGCCCUUCGUUCGGGGCCAUCCCCAUUAAGUAUGUCCUCCUCUGAACUUGACUGCAUCUCGUCUCAGUUACUCGAUUAGGAUGUAUAAAGAUCCAGUCUCCAAAUAAGGUCACGUUGGCAAGGGCUGGGGGAAGGGCUUCAGCUACCUUGGGGACAGGACUCGGCCCAGGACACAGGUGGGAGCCGAGGCUUUGGGUGUAUUGAUCAAGGUGAGGGCAACGGGCGCCCAGGAGGAGACUUGGGGGCACGACUUGGGGGCAGUGGAGGGGUGAGCCCUCUGCCCAGGGCCUGGACCAGAAGGUGCGCAGGUGCGGCCCAGCGUGGGUCCCAGGAGACGCCUUCCCUGCCACUCGCUCUGCCUGGAGAGCCCAGGAGCCGAGUGGGCCCAUCGCCCUGUAGCUCCCUCCUGGCCCCACCCUGUCCCCUGUCCCCACCCUGUCCCCUGACCCUGCCCUGGCAGGAGUCAGCCUGCUGCCGAGAGUGUCAGGGCAGAGGGUCCUUCAGAAGAGCGCUUUCCCCUGGGCAGGACGCGACCAGGCAGUGGCCUGUGCCCUUCCCAUGUAUGUCACACAUGGCGUCUGUGACCCAGUGAGGUCGAUGGUGACAGGACUGUGUGUGUGCCAGCCUGUCCACGUGCACUCAGUCUAAACACCACGCUGUAAUUCACACACUGUGAGACCCCGCCCCCCAGGUGCACAGUCCAGGCACUUGGCAUGUUCAGUCAUGCCACCACGCCACCACCCCGCCACCCCGCCACCUGCCUGCAGCAGCUGCCCUCACCCAGGAGGGCCCCAUGCCAUCAGCAGCCCUGUCCCCUCAGUCUCCAGGUCGUCCUGUCUGGACACACCUGGUCGACCCAUGCGGAACGCAGUCCUGUGGGGGGCUCCCUUGAGGGAGCACAGUGUCCACUGCACAGGUGGCAGCUGAGGCGUGGGAAGGCCAGGGCUGCCUGUCCUGCAGGCUGCAGCGCUGAGUCACAACCGACCUUGGCUUGAGCUCCACUGUCUGCUUCCUCUACCGCCUGCUCCAAGCAGAGGAGUGACCACAGGGGGGGACAUGUGCUCAGCCUGCGGAUGGGGUGGAGCCCCUACCAGCCUCCUCCACAGCCGCUGGGGGAGGGGCGUGGCUGCAGGCAAAGGCUCUGGACCCUGUGAGGGGACGCAGGACCUCUCCCAGUCCUCUUGAACCAACACCAUGGUGACCUGCCCACCCUGUGUCCAGCGGCCACAGGGUCCUCCCAGACAAAGGCUCAGGAGCCAGGAUGCACACCAGGCAGAGUGCUCUAGCAGGUGAGCUGAGGAUGGUGGCCUUUGUUGACACCUGCUACCUCGAGGGCUCUGCUGCAUGGGCCAGAAGGCUGGGCCAGGCUGUUCAGAGAAUCCAGGAAUAACAAAGCAGGCACAGUAAGGGUCCUGCCAUGAUGGGAGGCCACGUGACUGGCUUUGAACCUGAGCUUGGUUGGGAACCUGGCUCCACCACGUGCUAUCUCAGAGCUGCUGGGAACGUAGGAACUUUCAUCCUGGCCCAGUGGAGCUGGCUCCUGUUCCUGUGUUUUCACUGUGAAGCUCGAGGGUGGGGCUGCACCUACAGCUGCUAGGGUGUCUCUCACCAAGAAAGGCAGCUGCGUUUCCAGAAAACACCAAGGUUGGCAGAGGACACUGAGUUUCCUAGCAGUUAUGGGAAAAGGGAAAUGGGAGGAUUCGAGAGCUCCCCCAGCAGAGCGACACAGGAGGGAGUGGACGGGCAUUAAAGGUAAGAGGAGGAGAGGGCAAGGGCUUUAGGGGUGACCGCAUUGCCACCAGGACCAAGGUUUCCAGCCAGUUCUGUGGCAGGUUCAGAUGUGAGCCACACGUUGGCAUCCCAGCACAGGGACAGCGGCCUGCCAGCAGAAGGAGGCCCCCUGGCUGUCUGACCUGGGGAGGAAAAUGCUGACAGUCUUUUGGAUUGUCCUGCUCAAAUGCCAAGUGGCGCCUUGAGGUCUGUGUGGGACAGGGAGGCAGAGGGCCGAGGAGGGCGUGGGUGGGGCUGAGCCUGCAGGAUCCAGGCUGACCUGGGUCACCGGUGACAACUGCUUGGGUGUAGAGAUGCAGGUGCCUAAAGCCACCUCUUCCAAGAGACCACGUGACACAUGUAUACCAAGGGCCUCACCCUGCUCUGAGCAUGGUGGCUGCAAGGGCGCUGAGCACCUGGGGAAACCUGUCCACGAGCUCAGGGUCACACAAAAGGCCCUGUGCCACAGGGCCACCUCUGAGGCCUCCCACGGACAGUCUGGGGUGGAGCAGGGCCCUCAAGGGUGCAUCGGGGAGCUCUGUGCAGGUGAGUCGGUGGGGACUGUGAAAUUCCUGUAUCAUGAUUGACAGCUUCGUGGUGACGAUCCCGGGCUUCGGUUGUGUCCGGUGCCACCCCUCCCCAGCCCACGACCACAGUCGCCCCGGGCUUGCGGUUCCAGCCCUGGGCGGGGUUUGUGGGUCCUAGCACUGCCUCCCGCCCCGGGGUUUGCAGGUCCUGGUGCUGGUGGGAAGGAGAUGCGGGGUGGCCUCCCUUGCGGUUCUGCAGAGCAUCCUUGCUGUGACCUCGUCAGCGCCGUACUCCCUUAUGACUCGGUGCAGUCCUCCCUCGGUACCACCUGGCGACUUGGCCAGGGUUCCAGGGCCCCAGACACCAGGCACUCUGGCACCGAGUGUCCUGCCCAGAGUGGUGUGUGCGUCUGUGACGAGGCGCGUCCUCUGGGUAUUUCAUUUGUGCUGCGGAGGGAGCCCAGGGCCCCGCACCUGCUAGGCAGGUGCUCCACCACGGAGCUGCCCCUGGGCUCCCCCGGGCACACUGCAGGUGGCCUCUGGACGAUGUGGCCCCGAGGCAUCGUGGGUGUGUAGGCAGCGGUUAGCGUGAUGUUCCGGGAAUAACGGCAGGGAAGGUGGGUACGUGUCCAGUGCAGGUGCAGCCAUCUGGCCGGACCACCUUGCACCCACCCCAGAGCACCCUGCCCGUGGCUGGCGACUCUGGCUGCGCAGCCUGGGGCCGCACAGGGCCCGCUGGCUGCGGCGUGUUCUGGACCUGCUGCUGGUCCGUGGGUAUUUGUGUUGUCUCCCCCUUUUGGCUGCUGUGGCCAGUGCCGCCGUGAAUACUGGUGCAGAUACGUGUUUGAAUGCCUUUUAAAAAUUCUUGUGGGUAUAGUGUGUAUCCAGAAAUAGAAUGGCUGGGUCAUAGGGUAAUUCUGCCUUUAACUUUUUGAGGAAACUGAUUCGGACAUUAAGGGUCUUCCCCCGCCCCCCACCAUGGAGUGCAUGGUAGUUGGACACAGGGUUGUGGGUAGGUGGCUCUCGGUUAGAGUCCACCUGAGCUAUUAGUUUGCUGUGUGACCUCUGGCAAAUUACUCGUCCUCUCUGUGUCUUCGUUUCCCUGCCCAGGAUGGUGCUGUGAGCAUGAGGGAGAUGGUGCCAAGUGCUUGAUUCUGUGCGUGGCUCUGAAGUGUCAGUCAAGUGGAGCUCUUAUGCCUUUUAGGGUUGAAAUGUGUUCUCUUCAGAGCCUGAUCCCACCCACCCUGCCUGUGAGGGGGCUGCCAGCAGCCCAGGAGGGGGGUGCAGGGUGCCCCUGUUAUGCCUGGAGAGACUUGGCGCUGAGUCCUAAGGGUACAGUGGCCCCCUCUGGGUGCCGCUGCAGGUCCCUGCCCUGCAGGAGGAGGGCACAGGCUGGGGACUGGCGCCAGGGUGCACCUCAGGGACAGCAGGCCUCAAGCCCACCCCACUGUCCCGAAUGCCUGCUGUUCUGGUUGUGUGGGGAGCCAAGGGGAGGGCUGGGCAGGUGGUAUGGGCAGGCGUAGGAAGAGGCGGGUCCGUGGGUCUGCUUCCUGGGCCAUGGCCUGCUGCCUGCUGCUCCCCAGCCUCCCUGCCCUGCAGGAGCCCUGCUGGCCUCACCUCUUUCUUGUCCCUUGAGCCUUCUGUGAGACUGUCCUCUAACCAGGACAGAGCUUCCAGAACAGGACCUCAAGGCCAGCACGGGGCUGCCUUCCCAGACAGCAGCCGCACCCCAAGCUCUGGGCAGCCCUGGCCUUGCCCCCCACAAGGCCAGCUCUACGCCCCUGGGGGUAUCCUGAAGUCUUUCUUUACCUGGGCCACCUGGUGUCCAUGCUAAGGACUCAAGGUGGGGUCCCUGGGGCGGGGCAGGGCUGACACCACUACUGCCACCUGGGCUGGCUCUGCUGACUCGGAGGGUCCCUGUGCUGCCCUAAACCAUAAGUGACCCCAGCAGCUUCCCCGAGUCCCUUGGCUGAGCUCCUGGAGCUGAGGAUGGUCCUGGGACCCAGAAGAGCUCACAGGCAGGAGCGUAUGUGUCACAUGCCUCCCCACAGAGCGGUCACCCCCUCCACACUGCAGACAGGACCUCGAGGCCAGGCGUCUUGGUUAAGGUCUGCGGCAAACCCGGGGCCAUCCUGGCGGCCAGCUGUCACUCAGGGGAAAGGGGACACAGAAGCACAACACACAGCUGUUCCUAGCUAGGGUUUAUUUGGUGCCUAAGGUGGCACUGGUACAUGGGCACUACUGCCACUUCUGGGCUUGGCCUAGGUUGGGCACUACAGGGCCACGGCUCCUACCAGG